GCGAAUCGCGUGCAUGUGUUAAAACUGAGCCUUUACUGUUGCUGCUGCAUCCUUUGUGAAAGAGUUGUCAAAGUUGACCAAAAGGGAGGUGAUUUUUCACAAUAACACAAUAACCGAAAACAGUUCAGCUGUUCGGUGUGCAUGUAGUACUCUUUCUCAGAUCACUUUCCGUUGCGUUUCUGAAAGACUCGACUUGUGAAUCGGAUUUCAUUGAUUUGGAUUAAAUUUCUCCUGGUGAUGGAAAUGCAGUCUGCUAACACGGUUUAAUGCAGUUGUACGGAUGGUGGAUGUCUGUGGCGCCUAUGAGUCAGGAUAGAUCUCGACUCCCAGCGAUCCACUAUUUUCCACUUUAAUGGUAUUGGAAAUCAGAUUUGGCACACACCAAGACGACCAGUUAAUGGCACACGUUCUCUUGUUACCCCUCAAAGCAUAAACGUGCCCUACUUCCUCAAUCUCUGCGCUUUCCUUUUGUUUCUGCGGAUGACAUCAUGGAGCUCUGUGGUCUAAGUGUAUUAUCGAUGGAUCGCAGCGCUCUGGAUCUGAAGUCUGUGAGGUCAACGUGUCAUUUUGAGAAGAAUGUGAAGCCAUUUUAAUGCGUCUGAUUACAGCAACCACUGGAGAGCCUUGACUCAACAUGCAGGGGCGGCCCAGGCAGGCCCAGCAGCAGCAGCUAGGAUGCCUAUCACCCAAGAAAAUGCCCUGAGCCAUCUACCUCUGUUGGAGAACUGGCUCUGGGCACGAGAAAAGGACAGAGAUGAGGGCAAUGAGUCUCAGAUGAGCACAGGCGGUGUUUGCAAGGCUGCCAUUCGCAAGCUUGUGGAAUACAUCCAGCUAAACUUUGCUGAAAUUGAGAGUCCUUUGUACAGUGGCAGCCAAUUCAGAGAGGAAAUCGAUGCUGAGGUGAGGGCGGUCUACCUGAACAAGUCUGAGGAAGAUGGACCGGAGUUUGGGCUCAGCUUUGGAAAUAUUCCCAUUUUUGGAGACCCCGAGGGGAAGAAGAAAGGAGUCAGGAGGAGGCGCAGGAAGGGCGAUAAAGGCCCUGUCUUGGACGUCGGAUGCAUUUGGGUGACUGAAGUGAAAAAGAACAGCCCAGCGGCCCGUUGUGGAGAUAUCAAACUGCGAGAUGAGCUUCUGUCACUGAAUGGACAGUUGAUGGUUGGGGUCGAUGUCACCGGAGCCAGUUACUUGGCGGACCAGUGCUGGAAUGGAGGCUGCAUCUACCUGAUCAUGUUGCGAAGAAUUAAACGCAAGGCUCCUCUCCCUCCAUGCAAUGGCAGUGGGGGAAACUCCGUGGACGUCUCUAAUGAGCACCGGCGCAAUGUCUCCUCCGAGCCUGCAGGCAGCCCCAGACACAAUGGACAGAACGGCAAACGAACCCGCAAAUUUGGCGUCAUUUCCCGCUCCUCCUUCACUCGCGACAGUAAAGAUAGCCGGGACUUUGAGCAUGAGAAUGGCUACAGCUCCAUGGAGGCAGAGGUCACGUCCCCAGAGAGCAGCACUCCUCAGGACACACCGACUGAUGAUAGUCCAGUCAUUGGCUCCUCAGAGCUGAUGUCCAGUCACAUGAAGGUGGGAAGCACAGCCACCCUACCCAGCCGAUCCCACUCACGCCUCUCUGAAAGCUACAAAACUGAGUCAAUAAGCAGUGAACCUUCCAGUCUGCCCCGUGAGGGCAGCCGGAUCUGGAAGAUGCACAUGGUGAAGGGUCAGGAUGGACUCGGUAUCCAGAUCACAGGCGGACGAGGGUCCAAGCGCUCUCCUCACGGUAUCAUCGUGGCCCACGUGGAGGAGGGAGGAGCCACACAGAGAGAUGGCCGUCUGAAAGCAGGUGACGAGUUACUGAUGAUAAACGGUCACUCCCUGGUAGGACUCUCACACCAGGAGGCUGUAGCCAUCCUGCGGUCCACUGCUGGACUCGUACAGCUGGUAGUGGCCAGCAGGGAUGAAUCCGAAGUGGACUUCCACAAGUACCCGUCCACCAGCUUGCCCGACCUAGUGAGCACGUGCUCUGGUCCGGACGCCUCUCCCUCCCCUGGGGAGGAGAAGGAGAACAUGGAGCCGGAUGUGGAGGACGUGAGGGCCAGCAGCCUUUCACUGCCCACCCAGGACUUGUUUACAGAUUUUGACAGACUUGAGGAACGUGGCAGGAUUGAGGGUACCAAGGGAUGUUGCCGAAGCCCCACACCAAUGAAGUUCCGUAGCAGAUCUCAAGGUGGAGGAAGCCGCCUGGAGUCAGUUGGUGAAGACGAUGAGCUUAUCGUGGAAAACGGUGAUACAGGAAGUGAUGUGGCAGAAAAGCCAGCGCGAGGAGGACGCAAACAUUCGCUCCCGCAGCAGCUGGAUACAGUUGGGAUUCGACAGGAAUAUCAAAUUGUGAAGAAAUCGGCUCGUUCCCUGAGCACUGUUCAAGUGGAAUCUCCAUGGCGACUGGCACAGCCAUCCAUAAUCUCCAACAUUGUCCUAAUGAAAGGACAGGGCAAGGGUCUCGGCUUCAGCAUUGUCGGUGGGCAGGAUUCAGCCCGGGGGAGGAUGGGUAUAUUCGUCAAGACAAUUUUCCCCAAUGGAGCAGCUGCAGCAGACGGGAGACUGAAAGAAGGUGAUGAGAUAUUGGAAGUGAAUGGAGAGUCUCUACAAGGCCUCACACACCAGCAGGCCAUUCAGACCUUCAAGCAACUGAAGAAGGGAGUAGUUACCCUAACUGUGCGGACACGUCUGAGAAGUCCAAGUCUUACACCCUGUCCCACACCCACCCUGCUCAGCAGAUCUAGCUCUCCAAACUCAAAUGCUAGUGGUGGGACUCCAGUCCCUCCUAGCUUUGAAGAUGGGGACUCUCGUAAGGGGCCUGGUCCCAAAGAUCGCAUUAUCAUGGAGGUUACACUGAACAAAGAGCCAGGUGUGGGGCUGGGUAUCGGUGCCUGUUGUCUAACACUGGAAAACAGUGCUCCUGGGAUCUACAUCCACAGCUUGGCACCAGGAUCUGUUGCCAAAAUGGAUAGCAGACUCAGUCGAGGAGACCAGCUCCUGGAGGUGGACUCUGUGAGCCUGAGACACGCAGCGUUGAGUGAAGCCUAUGCUAUCCUGAGUGAAUGCGGACCUGGCCCCGUCAGCCUCAUCAUCAGCCGACAUCCAAACCCCAAAGUGUCUGAACAGGAGAUGGAUGAAGUGAUCACUCGCUCCACUCACAGAGAUAGUCAUUCUUCCCACACGCUCGGCCUGCCAUCGAAGAGUCCUUCUCCCACUGUUAAAGUCAAGCAGGGUGAGGGUAAUCCUGCUCUCAGCUGGACCAUGAAGAGAUUCCUUGAGCCAGCCAGCAGGCAAGGCUCGGUGAGUUCAGAGGCAGAGCUCUCUCAGUAUUUCUCGGUUCACGAUGUACCCAGCCAUUCUUCCCUUUCUGAGACCAUGGCGAUGGGUUCCAGUGAUGACGACAUGCUGCAUAGUAGCAGGAGCUGUAAUACAUCUAUGGAGGAAUCAGCAGCACCUCAGCCGCAUGUCUUUCAGGAUUGCUCCUAUAAAGGUUCAGACAGUAGUCCCACAACCCCAGAAUGUUGUAAAGCCUCUGGAGGGGCUGGUCGCACUGCAGACAUACCCCAACAGGCCAGUGUGGGAAGCAGUCCAAGUUCUGUUCGCAGCCCACUUCUUCGUCAGCGUCGGGUCAUCUGCUAUGAGGAUGAGCCUAGCGAUGACGAAACCGGCCUUGAAGAGGACAGUGGCCCUUUCCGUCGCCGUCUUCACGGGGUCUCGGAUGGCGGCCACCACCACCACCAAGAGGAAGACUCUGGUAUUGUAAUAGCCACGUCAUCUCUCGAGGUCGAUGAUGAAAGCCAGGAUAGCAGUGAGAGCCAUAGACAGAUCGGCAGCGAACCAGCCACUCCGCUCUACGGCAGCUCGCUUGAAUCUGAGGAAGGACCUAGCGGCCCGCCUGCUGCCGAAUCUCCCUUCAUGCCCAUUCGCUGUUUGGAGGCAGCCGGAGGAACAAACCUGGGUGUCAAAAAAGAGCCCCAUCGGGAAGGGCAGGAGGUCAAACGCUCACCCAAGCUGGAGCACAAAGCCGUGACUCGUGUCAAGAGCAUGAUGAGCAUCGAGUGCCCCAACCCUCCACAAAGAGCCAAGGGUGAAGAACAACCUUUACUUCCAGCAACAGCUGCCCAGGUUACACAGAACAGCACACGGCCGCCCUGCAGGAUGCUGCACUGCAAGAAGGGGGAAUCCAGUGAGUUAGCAGGGGUCUGCACCAUUGAGACAAUAGUGCUCCAGCGUAGUGAGACCGAGUCUUUUGGUCUGGAUCUGGAGAUUAAGUCCGCUCCACUCAAGGUGCUGAUCACAGGGCUGAGACCAGGAGGUGUUGCGGAAAGGGAAGCCUCAGGGAAGAUGAGCGUUGGUGAUGAGAUUGUGACAAUUGGUGACACCCCUGUGUGUACAUCCACCUAUCAGGAGAUCUGUGACCUCAUGCACAACCUGCCAAUCACAUUGACCUUAGAGAUUAAGAAGCCAGUCUCAGCUGUAGAUCGACUUUCUAGCCUGAUUAUGUCUUCUGGCUGUGAGACACCUAGACCUCCAGAAGAAAGGAAUCAUAUGGACAAAACUAUUGUUGCAGCCCAAGAAAGCCUUUCAUCAGAAACCAAUGCGAAACAGGCAUUAGCAAUCCACAGCAACAGCAUUCCCGUCACUAAUAUUGAUGAUGUCAUAACUGAACUGAACUCAGCAGAAAGUAAAGAAAAAGACAGAAGUGUCUUGGAUUCCACAGAUGCAAGUGCAAAAACAGAAGAGUGCAGUCAAGUAGACGACAGAGGGACUGCAGCGCAAUCGCAACAUAACCUUCUGGAUUUCUCUGCUAUAGAUGUGGGGAACAGCGCUUGCCAUUUUCCUGUAGGAAAGACGUUUUUAAAUAGUUACUCAAGGAACUUUUGUAAUCUGGGAGAGGACAUUGUCCCUCUAGAGAAAGGACAUGGAGAGAAACCAAGUAUGUACAGUCUGGUGGAAGAUAGUGACUCUGAGAGUGACUCUGCAGACACUGCUGUCAAAGUAGAGUCGUCGCAAGGUCACUGUGAGGGUCCUCGGGACACCGACUCAGAUGAGGAAGAGGUUGAGCUCUGUUACAGCACUGUCAGUCAGCCUGCAUUCAGCCAAUCAGAGGGCAGCUCUCUGCCAGAUAGAAAAAGCCUGGCCAAUUGCCAGACUGUUGACAGUCUUGCUGGUGGAGGCAUACUUGCUAGUAUGGAUCUCCACAACCCUCUGUCACUCACAAUGCAAGACAAGGAUUCGCAAGAGAAUCAUUCUGUCUCCAAGUUACCAGAUCCACUUUGCCCUCAAGUUUCAGGUGAUGAUCUCCUAAAUGGGGAGAGUGGACACACACCCACACAACAUGAGGCAACGUGUGCAUCUCAGAGAAACUGCAACACUGAUGAAAAAUGUGAAACCAUUUCAAAAUCUGUUCAAGUCUGCCAGACACCAACAGGUGUCCCUUCCCCCGCUGUUUCUCAGGACAUUAGUCACGUCACCCCAAGAAGUCAAGAGAGGACAACUAAGUUGCUCUCAGAUGCAUCUCUGUCAGUAGAGAAACUCAAUACUGGGCAAGCGCCACUGGGGUCAACUGUGUCACAGCCCAAGGCAUUAAAUGGCAAAACUAGUGGGCAGGCCUCCUCUACAAUUGCUCCAAAAGACAAGGAGAGAGAGAAAGUUAAUCCUAUACUUGACUUGAAAUCAUCACUUUCCCAAACCCAGAGUAAAUCCACCUCUUAUAGUGCCAAAUCUUUGGGAACUAAAUCCCCUAAUGACACCCCUAUCUCACCCCUGCUGAGAAGUAGACUCAAAGUUGAUGAUAAAAAGUCAAAUACCUCUUCUAAACUUAAGGGUCUUAGUAUUAAGAGUAAAUCCAAAGACCAAGAACAGUCCGUCUCUAGAACGCCAAGGGUGGAAAGUAUAGGACAGAAAAAAGCUCUCAGCUCCCCAAGUCAGUCUCCUAAACUUCUCUCCAAAAGAACCACACCAACUGGUAGCCCUAAAUCCACCAGAACAUCUGAGAAGAUCAGGGUUACUUCUUGUAAAACUGACCAACUAACUGUGUCCAGUGUCUUAAAGACAAAUUCCAUCAACACCACCAAAGAAGAACUCAAGCCUUCCAAGAAGGAACAAGUCUCGGACCUAAAAGAGCAAGUCUCAAAAUCAGAGGUCACUGUCGUCAACACUCAAAGAACUUUCAUUGAGGUACGACUUUCAUCCUCUUCAUCAUCUACACCUGUGCUGACACGCAAGGAAGUUGGGAAUGCGAGUCAUUUAAGCUCGGCCCCGAUGUCGAUUGAUCAAGUCGAGUGGGAGGAAUCGAAUUCAGACUCCUCUCUUGGAAGACACGCUGUCCCAUUAGAAUCAACCAAUUCUUCAUCUAUUUGUUCGCACCAUAACGGUACUAAUAAAACAAAUGAAACUUCUUGCAAUGGCCAGGAACAAAAUCUAAAUAAAAAUCUAAAUAAUAAAGAUGCUGCUUCUAGUCACAAAACAAGCAUAUCCAAACUGUACCUGAGGGGACUAGACCGCAGGAGCUGCUCUACAGACAUUAGUGGGCCACUUGACCCAAACCCCUUCUCAGUUCGUCAAAGAAUCCAGUCCUUUGAGAAUCUAGCCAGCUUUGAUCGAUCUGUCAUAAAGUGUAUAGACAUACCGUUUUAUGCUAAUAACUCAAAGCCACCUCUGAACCGGAGGUUAUCUGGGUAUGCUGGAUCUGUUAGCAGUCAGUCCAGUGACAGCCGUUCUUUGCGGAGGAGUUUCAGCUCUUGUGUAGACAACUUGAGCUCAACCCCAUCUCCACCGUAUCCACAGAAUUCAUCUUCCACUUCAGUUGUCACCAUCUCUGAAUCAACUCCUCAAAACAAAACCACAGAAGCUGUUAUGAAGGAGAAGGUGAGAAAUGAGGCCUCUGUGAACCAGCCUGCUGUACACACACCACCAGUACUGCGCUCCCGCAAUGCCCGCACACAUGGAGGCCUGUCGCGCUCCAAACUGAGAGAGAUAAAGGCACUGAGCAUGCCUGAACUGGACAAGCUGUGCACUGAGGAUUUCACCAGUGACCCUGGAAAUGUGAUCUUUAAGACGGAGCUGGAAAUCUACCCUUGCAGGUCCAUAGACCCAGCAUCACACAACCUGCAGUGCACCGUGGUGACCAGGGUGAGCAGUGUUGAUGCUGGGGUUCUUGGUUCAACCAAUGGGGACCAACACGAAGGCCAGAUCACAGGGCUCUCAUGCUGGUCUAUAAGUUUGAAAGAUCUUGAAUCUUCUCCUUUGGACCAAAAUAAAGUGCAAGAUGUUCUGUGUUCCCUCACAACCAAAUUGGAUGUGACAAGUCUCAUACAGGAAACAAGCACUCUUUCAGAGGUUAAAGAUGACAUUUACUUUGUGAUCUUAACCAAAGAGCAAGGAUCUGGACUGGGUUUCAGCAUCGCCGGAGGAGUAGAUCUGGAGCAGAAAUCUAUUACUGUCCAUCGGGUGUUCACUCGAGGGGUGGCAGGCGUGGAAGGUACCAUUCACAGAGGAGACAGAGUUUUGUCAAUAAACGGCACCGGCUUGAGUGGUAUCACACACGCAGAGGCGCUGUCCUGCCUUCAUCAGACCAGACUGCCAAAGCAGGCAUUAGUGAUCAUCCAGAAGGGCAAGAACACUGAGCCAACAUCGCCUAGACAAGAACUUCCCCUUCAGACUGGAACUGGUCCAACUCCAGGCCAUAGAGACAGCAUCAGAGAACAUAAAACAAGUGUGGAAGUGGGGCCAGACGGGGCUUUAAGUGUGGAGUUACUGAAGACUACAGCCGGUUUAGGGUUCAGUCUAGACGGAGGCAAAGCAUCUGCCCAUGGAGAUCGACCUCUUUACAUCAAACGCGUUUUCCGUGGAGGAGCCGCUGAACAGUCCCGGGUCAUUGAUGUCGGAGAUGAACUUCUAGCCAUCAAUGGCAGGUCUUUGCAGGGUCUUAUGCACUACGAUGCCUGGAACAUCAUUAAAACGGUCUCUGAGGGUCCCGUCCAGUUAGUCAUCAGAAAACCCAGGACUUCAGUAUGACGUCUGAUCUACCUGCACGUGUUGCACGUUUGUGAGAUGCAAAACUGUGGUGGACUCUCAUUGUACAUAGACUUUGCAUUCUUUUUAUAUUUUUGUUACAGGAUCUCUAUGAUGAAGAAUUUGUUGCACAUUGAUUUUUAUACAAACCGAUGCUUCUGCGGAAGUGUGGUAGACUCACAUAUGCGGGCUCGAGGUAUUUUUAGUAUGUCUUUGAACUUUGUAUCUCACAGACUUUUUGAAGACAUUUAAGCUUAAUUGUAAGAAUUCUAAAUAAUAUGGUUAUAACUGCUUCCCUUGUAUAAUAUAAUUUAAUUACAAUAUUGUGAAAAUUGGUUUAUACGUAUAGCUAUGAUUAUAUGGUGACGAUACAGACCACUAAAGAGCGUGUUCACUCUGCUUAAUCUAAUGGAUUACAGUAGAUCAACAUAGAUAUCAAACUCUAUGUGAAUCAUAAAAUGAGUUUCUGUUUUGAACUGGUUUAUGACUUUAAAAUGGAUUUGUGGAAUUGAUUUUUUUCCCCCUGUUAUCACAGUAAUUUACCGGUAUUUUUAUUGUUCCUUUUGAUGAUUGCAAUUUUUGGGGGGUUUUGGUAUUAACUUAUUUUAUUUUAAAGGUAAAGUGUGUAAUUUCAGUGCCACUAAAUUUCCCAAACACUCCUAUCUCCCCCAUCUGUCAGGCUCUUGUACAGAAAAACAGGAAGCUGCACCCCAGACUCACAUUAUUGGUUAAAGCACAAGAUGACGACAAAAAAAAAAAAAAAAAUAUUGCUGUGAGACAGCCACAGUGUUUACACUUGAUUCACUUUUAAAUACUUGAAUUCAAUCUGGUUAUUAACAUUUAAAAUACAAUCAUAGAUUGAAAAAGUCACCUUAGCACACUUUAAUUUGAAUCAUGACAUUUCAGGUCUUUUGGUUAUGUUUGAUCAUAUUCUUUCAGCUGUGAAUAUUGUCAUGUUUACCAUCUGAGACUUUCAGUAGAGUUAUCUACCUGAUAAAAAUAUAUCAGUGAUGUUGUUAUAUUUUACUUGAACUGUCUUUGUGUAAAUAUUGAGGCUUCCACUGAUUUUAUUGUAAUUUAAUUUUGCUGAGUAUUAAGCACAAAUGUAUUAACUAUAGCGUAUAUGAAAAAAGCAAUCAUGAAUAUUUCUAUUGUCUAUCUGACUUUUUGUUCUGCCCUUGUGAAUAAAGACAUCAGAUAUUU